AUGCUUGCUACCGUUGAUAUUACUGUUAAGGCACCCGAUAUGUUCACGGCUUCAAGACACGUUCAACGCUUGGCAGGCAACUUUUUGGACGACGUGGAUGACUUUCAAAGAGCCUCACGGGCUGCCGAUCGUCGCGCCAUGAGUCACUUCGAUGAGGCCUCCGGCCAAACUCACCUCAUGCGCCCACGACGCAGCAUCUCAAUUUCGCGAAUAACCACCCGUCCGUCAAACUACUACCACGUGGAGGGACCGCGAGUGCGUGCGACUAGCGCGGAGCCACGCUACACCACCUACACUUCGGGGGUGCGUCCAGUGACAGUGGUGGGCUCGCGCUACCAUCACUACUCGCCCUACUACUAUUACCGCUACUACCCGCGCUACUAUGUCCACGACACAUACUACCCUAGCACUGCCACAUAUUACAACGACUACCCGUUCUACUCUACAUCGGCGUGUAAGUACUGGCCUUACACCUCGAAAGCGCACUACAGCCACUACCUGCCCUCUACGACUUACUACACUCGUAGCAACGGCUCAGUAUAUGACUACACUCUGCCUACCUCUGGCUUGCGUGCUUCAGUCCCCUCCUGGGACAUUGGCUAUAGACCUCUGUCGCUGAGCCGUUGGUACUCAUAUAGCGAUUUAGUCGACCCUCUGGUGGUGUAUCCAUCAAGCAUUUCACCGCCUCCGGUGCAGAUUUACGAUUACCCGCGGCAUCCCGUCCACAGAAUGCGUUUCGGCUCUGUACCACCUGUUUCCCCCGCAGCGGCCGCUCAAUACCGCCGCGCUGGAAGUGUGACCCGCGUUCCGCCACCGCCUAUCAGAUACGUCACGCAGUACUACUCCGAUCUCACGGGGCCAACCCCCAUCAAUACGAAAUACGUCUAUCACAGUCCAGCUAGUCUACUUCCUAGACCCGGCUACAGGUCACGUUUCUACCGCAUUCCAAACGGACCUAGCAGUUUAUUGGACAGGACAAUCACUGCGGAGGUGAUGGCUGAAAGACGACGCAUUGACCGUAAAAUGGAUGAUCUUCUGACCUACAAGCUUCCAGAUGCAUCGAUUUACGACAGUUUGAAAUCAAGUCUUCGCAAAGUACAUGACAAAAUGGAUGUGCAUCGUUCGUUGCUCGACCGAUACUCAGCAAUUGACAUGAAAGACGGUCCCUCCUCUGUGGAAGAACGAGUUGCCUCAAAGUGCCGCGAGCUAGGAGAGCGCAUGGCCAGAUGA